AAGCCCAAACCCACCUUCCAAAUCGAAAACAACAAAAGAAGAAAAACUCGAAAAAGGUUUUCGGUAGACAGAGAGCGACGCCCGUCUCCACGUCGCACACGCCGGGCGCAACCAUGGCGAGCGCCGCGGGGCUCCUGCUGCUGCUGAUCCUCGCCGUGUCUGGCUUCGGCGCGUGCGCGGCGGGUCCCGACAUGUCGAUCAUCUCCUACAACGCGGAGCACGGGGCGCGCGGGCUGGAGCGGACGGAGGCGGAGGCCAGGGCCAUCUACGGCCUCUGGCGCGCCGAGCACGGGUCCGGGAACUCCAACUCGCUCGGGGAGGAGGAGCGCCGGUUCAGGGCGUUCUGGGACAACCUCCGCUUCGUCGACGCCCACAACGCGCGCGCCGCCGCCGGGGAGGAAGGGUUCCGCCUGGGGAUGAACCGGUUCGCGGAUCUCACCAACGACGAGUUCCGCGCCGCCUACCUCGGGGUCAAGGGCGCCGGCCAGAGGAGGUCGGCCCGUGCUGGUGUUGGGGAGAGGUACAGGCAUGAUGGGGUCGAGGAGCUGCCGGAGGCCGUCGACUGGAGGGAGAAGGGGGCCGUCGCCCCCGUCAAGAACCAGGGCCAAUGCGGAAGUUGCUGGGCUUUUUCUGCAGUCAGCGCAGUAGAAAGCAUUAACCAACUUGUUACUGGUGAGCUGGUCACAUUGUCUGAGCAGGAGCUUGUGGAGUGUGACAUCAAUGGGCAGAGCAAUGGAUGCAACGGGGGACUUAUGGAUGAUGCCUUUGAUUUCAUCAUAAACAACGGCGGCAUUGAUACUGAAGAUGACUAUCCUUACAAAGCCUUGGAUGGCAAAUGCGAUAUCAACAGGAGAAAUGCGAAGGUGGUGAGCAUUGAUGGCUUCGAAGAUGUUCCUGAAAAUGAUGAGAAAUCGCUGCAGAAGGCCGUUGCUCACCAGCCCGUUAGUGUUGCUAUUGAAGCUGGUGGCCGAGAGUUUCAGCUCUACCAUUCGGGUGUCUUCACUGGAAGGUGUGGUACAGAACUCGACCAUGGUGUGGUAGCCGUUGGCUAUGGCACUGAGAACGGCAAGGACUACUGGAUUGUCCGCAACUCAUGGGGUCCGAAGUGGGGUGAGGCUGGGUACCUCCGCAUGGAGCGCAACAUUAACGCCACCACUGGGAAGUGCGGUAUAGCCAUGAUGUCAUCGUACCCCACCAAGAAGGGCGCUAACCCACCCAAGCCAUCUCCGACGCCCCCCACGCCACCGACCCCCCCUCCACCAGUCGCCCCUGACCACGUCUGUGAUGAGAAUGUCUCUUGUGCAGCAGGCAGCACCUGUUGCUGUGCUUUUGGCUUCAGGAACAUGUGCCUGGUAUGGGGCUGCUGCCCAGUCGAAGGCGCCACCUGCUGCAAGGAUCACGCCAGCUGCUGCCCACCGGACUACCCUGUGUGCAACAUCAAGGCUGGAACUUGCUCCGCGAGCAAGAACAGGACACUGACUGUCAAGGCCUUGAAGCGCACCCUUGCUAAGCCAAACGUCGCAUGAAGUCACUUCGGCGAAGCAAAGUUGAAAUUCAAAAUUUGGACCUGGCUCCUUUUGUAUUAGUACUGCUUACGUUCUAGUAGUAAAUUUGCUUUUAUCUCAUUGUACAUAGAUCGCUACCGUCUGUACUCUCUUUGGUGCUGUCCUCAAGAAUAUUCUUUAACUGAUCGUGUCUCUUACGCCA